GACGGCCGAUUUGUGGGGAUUUUGUGCGAGCUGCCCAUUUUGCGUUCACUUUUAGCUGUGCGUCUGUGUGAAGUGUUGUGCAAAAAAUAAUUUCAAAAUAAUUUAAUUUUUGUGAAAAUUUGUCCAAGUACUGUUGUCUUUGUACUCGUAAACUGACUUGUGGGUAACUGAAAAGUCGAUAUCUUGCCAGCAAGGCUAAAAGUGGAAAAGGGAAUAGAAAAGUUCCAUAUCCGGAAGAUCGUCGUCGUCGUCGUGGCCAUCUAUAGUGGGCGAAAAAAAGAACGACGAAGCGGUGUCAAUCAUUCGAAGAAUGUGAAUUGCUUACAAAUUCCACUACAAAUUUAGGAGUUAUUUUUUGGGGUCCAGUUUAUCAAUCGCGGUGGACAUUAGCCCCUGAUAACCAUCGGAUUCCAGAUUCCGGAGACCCAUCUGAAGUACGGAUUUUUGAUCAGCCAACGACAGCAUCAUGGAGGUUACGCUUGAACAGAUGAUCCUAGAUGCCAGGCGGGUGGCAAACCGGCUCAAGGAUCGAGAAGCGCUUGGUGACUCGCUGUUACUGGAGUCGGAAUCGGUGAACAAACAAAUCGAAUCGAUGCGACAGUUCCAGGACGAUAUCGACAUUCUAAACAAACUGGCUCGUGAACGGUCCAACAAUCAGUUGAUCACCAUCAUUCACGAGGAGAACCCACAGAUUCGGGAGAUUCAACAGGAAAAUCGUUUGCUGAAGGCCGCCCUGGAAGACCAUCAGCACGCACUGGAGCACAUCAUGAGCAAAUACCGGGAACAUACACAGGCUAAGAUUCUCAACACCAAAAUCAAUUUUGUAGAAGCGUUCAACAAACAUCAACAGAAUGCUGAACGGAAGGACGAGAUGAUACGGCAACAGACGCAAAAGAUUCAGGAGAUGGCUGCCGUGAUGCAGCGGGCGUCGCAGAUCGAUGAAGAAAAGUUCUAUCAGGAGCAAGAAUUUCUCAGCAAAUUGAUGACGGAGAAUAAAGGUCUACGUGAACUCUUGGAGAUAUCUCAGAAGUAUGGUUCCAAUGGACAGAAAAUAAUGGUCGAUAACAAGUCUACACAAACCGAGGAUACAUCGGUGACUGCCUCAACAUCUAAAGCACCAACGCAAACAUCGACAACAAACGCGACCCCAUCGAUGACCAAAGGCGAGCAAGAAUCGACGAGCACAGCCACCGUUAGUUCCGUUUCGAAUACCGGUACCAUGAAAGCUAAUCCGGCAGCAAAGCACUCGGCCUCCUCCACCAUGGCAACAACAUCGGCACCGACUACUUCUGCGACUCAGGUGACCAGUGGUUCCCAGGCAGCGCCCCUCUCGUGACGGAAUUCCGACGAUAGCCAGCUGUCCGUGUUGUUUUGCUGCCAAUCGGCACUGCUGUAGUUGAUCAGGCAUCAGGGCACAUAUAUCCGACCACGUCUCGGUGGCCAUAUUUGCAUUGAGCUUGAAAGUUGUUCAAAAGUGCACGAUUUUGUUUUAUGUUCGGUGCCAAUCCAGAAGAGAAACAUCAACGGUGGACCGAGAAUGUAUGUUUGUGUAGGACUAACUCAAUGUACUGCAGUAGUUGAACUUCAGAAACAUUCAAUCAUUAAUUGUGAAAUAUCUACCAUUUUUGCUUAUAUGGAGCUUCAGAUAAAAGUUAGAAAAAGAUUAACUUCACGCUAGUAAUAAAUUUUGCACGUUCGAAUAUUUUGAUGGUUACAAAGAAAUCCUUGCAACAACUUCUUGUAAGCUAUCACCUUAGAGAAAAUAUGUCCCCAGCAAGGACACAGCCACAGUUCGUCACAUCCGAGAAUCUAGUUUUAUGUAGAGGGAAACCGAUACACUCACACUCAACUCAAACAUUAAGAUAUGAUAUAGAAAUGAUCAUGUAUUUCGGACAUGUCAAAGCGCGGAACAAGUAGAAGCCUGUCGAUUUUAUGAACAACUUUCGUUUUUUGUCAUUAUGAUUAAUAUUAAACAAUAAUUAAUGAAAAAUAGUAAUACUA